AUGAUAUUGUGGACGUAUGUGAUGUUGGUGAGAGGAGUCUGGUCGAUUGUGUUACCCCAGGAAGAUGAAAUCUUCGUGGUGAGGCUGAAGCAAGGAGCUAUCCAGGGAUUCAAGGAGGAAGCCGUUAACGGAAGGAGUUUCUACGCUUUCAAGGGCAUUCCUUACGCCCAGCCUCCGGUUGAUGACCUCAGGUUUAGAGACCCUGUGGCGGCUGGGGCGUGGGAAGGCACGAGAGACGGCAAGGUGCAACCACCUGUCUGUCCCCAGCUGGACACUGACUCCUUUCUUGAAGGUCAAGUGAAGGUCAAGGGUGAGGAAGACUGCCUCUUCCUCAACGUCUUCACACCUCAGUAUGUUGACAACAGUCUCCCGGUGAUGGUAUGGAUCCAUAGCGGAGCUUUUACCGUGGGAGGAGCUGACGAAUACUCUCCCAGCGUCCUACUGACGAGGGACGUGGUGCUCGUCACUAUUCAAUAUCGUCUUGGAACUUUAGGUUUCUUGUCGACGGAGGACUCAGUGCUGCCAGGUAACCUGGGGUUGAAAGACCAGACUCUGGCUCUGCGCUGGGUGCAGGACAAUAUUCAAGACCUUGGCGGUGAUCCUAACCAGGUCACCAUCUUCGGCCAGAGCGCCGGUGCCGCGUCAGCCCAUCUCCAGGUGCUGUCACCGCACUCCAGAGGGUUAUUCCGGCGUGCGAUAUUGCAGUCCGGAUCAUCGCUGAGUCCCUGGGCUCUACGAAGCGACCACAAACAAGUCGCUACCGCCAUCGGUCUGGCGUUCAACUGCUCUGAUGCAGAAGAAACACUUGGUGCCCUCGUCUCUAAAGAAUUACUGUUGUGUCUCCAGAAACAGCCCCUAGAUGACUUGGUAGCCAUUCCUUCAGCCUUCGUGGUGUGGCUGAACAACCCCUCCGUGAUGACGCCCAGAGUGGACUGGGAUUUCCUGCCUGAUUAUCCAGAGGUCCUAUUAAAAUCCAGACGAUACAACAGGGUGGACAUCAUAUCCGGAGUCACCAAGGAUGAAGGAGCACUCGCUGCUACACCGGUUCUCAUGUUCCCGGAAGUGAAGGAGCCUUUGACACAAGAUCUGAAUACCAUCGGAUCUGUCGCUAUGAACUUCGACGACGAGGACCCCAGUCUUAAACUUGCUGAGCGAGCCUUCGAACACUACCAUUGUGGUCACAUCAGUGUAAAUGCUUCCAAGCCUCUGGUCAAGCUGUUUGGUGACCGGGGUUUUAACGUGCCUCACCACGAGACAACUCGCCUACACUCCCAGAGUAUUGCUCUGGGAAACCUGGUAUUCGCUUACGUGCUUCAACACCGUGGCCAGUACAGCCUCACUGACGCUUACAACACUACCAUCACAGAUCAAUGGGUGAGCCACGGAGACGACUUGCAAUAUCUGUUUGAGGGUGCAGCCUCCUUACCCACUUUAGACACACCUGAAGACCUUCAACUGCGGGAACUGAUGGUCUCACUCUGGACCAACUUUGCCUCCAUGGGGAAUCCGACCCCAAACAACUCUCUGGGAGUAUUAUGGCAGCCGGUGACACCCACAAACAUCUCGACGUUGGCCUUGAUCACAACACCCGCCAUGAUCCCUCUCAAUGCUGAGGUUCUCGAGUUUUGGAAGAGUCUACCGACUAAAGAAAAUCAGAUGUUAUACCCUGAGAGGUUCCGCAAACCUUGGAAGCCUAUACCAGGCCCUUGGCAUCCUUCUCCUCUGCAGCGUCCAAAUUAUUUCCACCAACCAGCCAACUUUUUCACUUGGUACUUCCGACAUUUCCCUAAUUUGUUGCGUCUUUCUUAUCGUCCUUGAAGACUUUUUUCCUUAGUUGAACACCAGUUUUACUGCUGGAACACAGACUUGUUCUCCGUCAUCCAUUACGACUUUCCUCCUAAACUGAACGAUAGUUUCACUGCAGAACCUUAUACUUCAUCUACUUUAACGACUUUGAUCCCAGACUGAACGAUGAAAUCACUACUCGGUCACCUAGCUCUUCAA